GAGAGGCAUCUGGAUUACUCUAAAAAUGAGAAAAUUGAUAAAGUCUAAGAAAGAUAUUAAUCGGGAACGCCAGAAAUCUCUAACAUUAACACCUACCCGCUCAGACUCCAGUGAAGGAUUUCUUCAGCUCCCUCAUCAAGACAGUCAAGAUAGUUCUUCAGUAGGUUCAAACUCUUUAGAAGAUGGCCAGACCUUGGGGACCAAGAAAAGCAGCAUGGUUGCGCUGAAAAGACUGCCCUUUUUGAGGAACAGACCGAAGGAUAAAGACAAAAUGAAGGCCUGCUACCGUCGUUCCAUGUCCAUGAAUGACCUGGUGCAGACCAUGGUCCUAGCAGGACAGUGGACAGGUAGUACUGAGAAUAAUUGGAGGUUCCUGAUGUAUUUCAAUGGGCUUCAAGACCAGCCAGCCUUGAUAGUGGCAGAACAUCCACUAGCAAUAGCAAUAAUAAUGCUUCACUACAUGAAGUCAAAGAAAGACAAACCAGUUAGCUGUGGUCUGGCCAGGUCAGUAAGUGGAAAAACCCCAGGGGACUUCUAUGAUAGAUGGACAACUAAGCCUGAGUUUUUGAGACCUGGUCCUCGAAAAACUGAAGAUACCUACUUCAUUAGUUCUGCAGGAAAACCUACACCAGGCACUCAAGGAAAGAUAAAAUUAGUAAAAGAAUCUUCUCUGUCACGACAAUCAAAAGAUAGUAACCCUUAUGCCACUUUACCUCGUGCAAGCAGCGUGGUCUCAACUGCUGAAGGAACUACAAGAAGGACAAGCAUCCAUAAUUUUUUGACCAAGGACAGUAGACUGCCUAUAUCAGUUGAUUCAUCACCAGCUGCUGCUGACAGCAACACCACUGCAGCAUCUAGUGAGUACCAUUUACACCAGUGGUCCUCUCAUAUACUUGACAGCCCAACACAUACUAUAGGUUCUUGUGCCCAAAAUGAUUUAGCUAUAGACAUGCCUGAGUCUCUAUAUGUGCGGGCUAGAAAUUCAAGAACAGACAGGUCACAUUUUCUAAACCAAACUUUUGCCACUAUUAAGAUGCCUAGUGAUGCAUUAGGAAUGUUGGCAAAAGAUAGCAUAGGGCCAUUUACUGUGGCCCAUUCAUCUCAGCCAUUCUUAUCCCUGAAUACAGAAUUAGUUAGUAACAUAAGUGGGUUACCUCCUAGGCCAGUCACCAGAAUAACUGACCAGGCUUCUGCCUCUUUGGAUAAACCUGCACAGAAAGAACAUGAACAGUUUUCUGAUCAUCAGAACCCUAGUAACAGUAACCUACAGUUUUCUGUAAAUAGCAAAUCUGUCACUCCUGCAUGCCUCUGUCCUGAUGACACAGAAGCUGCAUUGUUGGUUUCUGAGGAUAAUCAAACUGUUUGGUAUGAAUAUGGUUGUAUAUGAUCAAAACUGCACAAUAUAAUAUAUUGAUGUUAUUUGAUAUGCACUGCUUCUCUAAUAUUAUUUGAAAAGUUGCUGUUAACAAAAUAUUUGGCAAGGUUUAUAUUUUUUAUUUAAAAUUGUUGCACAGUGUUCAGCUGUACAUGAUGGCAUGUGUAUUAAUGUGAAUGUGUAACCACACCAAAGUCUGCAUGAAAUAUUAAUUGCUUUGUCUGUUUGCUGCAUGCCUUUAAAAACCUUAACCAUACAUGCUCCUCCUUCACAUUUUUUGUUGCCUGAUACGAUUGUUACUUUGAUAUCCAGAAGCAUGUUAAAACAGUUGCAUGGUGUCUUACCAAGAAGACAUUUCCAAGUCAUAUUUGCUUUGUUGCUUCUGGAAAAAAAAAGUUCAUUUU